AUGGAAAUAUUCAGCCUAGCUAUAAAGAGAGCAAGGUUUAAUUAUGGAAGACUCCUCAAAGAGCUUGGACUUCAAUUUGAUAGAAAAGGAUGCAAAUUGUCUUAUAAUAUUGCUCCAUAUCAAGAGUUAAGCAGGCAUCAGACUGUUCAUCCUCUCUAUGGCCAUACUGCUCACAUUAGAAAUGCAUGGAUUGCUCCAAAUGCUCAUCUCUUGGGAAGAGUGGUUGUAUCUCCUUGGGCUACAAUUUGGUAUAAUGCUGUUUUGAGGGCUGAAAUUAACACUAUUAGGAUUGGUCAUUUCUCCUCGAUUGGGGAUGCAACAGUGAUUAAUUCCUCAAUCUCUACUCCAGUCAAUGUUCCUCCAAGUGUAAAUAUUGGUAAAAAUGUAAUCAUCGGAGAUAACUGUAGUAUAAACAGUUGUAUCAUUGAUGACGAGGUAAAGAUUGGAAACAGAAGUUAUAUCGGAGAAGGUGUAGUGAUCGAAAGAGGUGCUGAAAUUGAAGCUAAUUCAAUAAUCCCUCCUGGCUCAUUAAUUCCUGCUGGACAACUCUGGGGAGGAAAUACUGUCAAAUAUAUUAGAGACUUGACUCAGGAAGAGAAAUGGAACAAUUAUAAUGAAAGUUAUACUCAGACUGUUCAGAGUCAGAGCGACGAAGGCUCUUCUUGGCCCAGUUCUUACAUUGAAGACAUCUCUGAAAAAGAAGGAGCAGAAACGAUUGAAGAAUAUACUGAAAGGAAUUAUUUCAGAAAGGGACUAUUCAAUUAA